AGCCAUCAAGGAGGGUAUCCAAUCGUAGAAUUCCACCGCCUGUUUCCAAACAGCGACGCUGAUCUCAAAGAGUGACAUUGAGAGCAAGUGACUUGCACCGGCAGGUUCCCUCCUAUGUCAAACAUGGCUAUGAGAUUUUCGGGGAAAGUCGUUUUGAUCACCGGCGCCUCGUCUGGUAUCGGAUUCGGAGCCGCACUACGCUUCGCUCGGGAGGGAGCUAGGCUAGCUGUGACUGGACGCAAUAAGGACGCCCUACAGAAGCUAGUUUCGGAAUGUGAGAAGAACGGCUCGAACAAAGAUUCGGUCCUACCAAUCGUGGGAGAUAUCGGCGACGAUAAAUUCCGCGAAAACCUGAUUGCUAGCACCGUCAAUAAGUUUGAGCGAAUCGACGUGCUCGUCAAUAAUGCAGGUGUCAUCUCUAUGGGGAGCUGUGAAGCGAUGUCGAUGAAUGCCUAUGAUCACAUGUUCAACAUCAACGUGAGAGCUCCCUACCACCUCACAAAGCUCGCCAUCCCUCACUUGAGGAAGACCAAGGGCAAUAUUGUGAACGUCUCGUCGGUCAACGGGAUUCGAUCUUUCUCUGGAGUCUGUGCCUACAACAUGACAAAAUCCGCCCUCGAUCAAUUGACGAAAACCGUUGCUCUCGAGGUCGCUGCCGACGGGAUCCGAGUCAAUUCUGUCAAUCCGGGAGUCAUCAUAACCGAGCUGCAGCGGCGCGGAGGAUUGGAUGAAGAGCAAUACGCAAUGUUCUUAGAGAACUCCAAACGCACUCAUCCCUUGGGAAGGCCUGGAAACGUGGAAGAAGUUGCUUCUUGCAUCGCGUUCUUGGCCUCCGAUGAGGCAUCUUUCUGCACCGGCAAUCUACACAGCGUCGACGGGGGACGAGGCGUGCUCGGGGUUCGCUAGACGGACGUCGAAUGAUCCAAAAGCCCGCCUUCCGAUGGGGUCGGCACAGGGGCUGCCGGGCUGUGACUACCUAUAUUUCCCAAAGAAUAAAGUCUUAUGAAG